AGUGGGACUGUGUGCCGUGGAGCAGGGAGCAGUGCUCGUGGGGGAGGCUCGGGCCGCACAGGAGCCCACAGAGGAGGGGGAGGCUCAAGCAUGGAGGGCUGCAGGUCCCAAGCCCUGCCCCUUGGGGAGGCAGCUAAGGCCCUGCGAGAAAUUGAGCACAGCAGCUGCUGGCCCAGGUGCUAAGCCCCUCACUGCCCGGGGCUUGCAGGCCAGCCGGCUGCUCUGAGUGCGGGUCCCCCGAGCCCACGCCCACCCGGAACUCGUGCUGGCCUGUAAGCGUAGUGCACAGCCCUGAUUCCCGCCCGAGCCUCUCCCUCCACACCUCCCUGCAAGCUGAGGGAGCUGGCUCCGGCUUUGGGCAGCCCAGAAAGGGGCUCCCACAUUGCAGUGGGGGGCUGAAGGGCUCCUCAAGCACGGCCAGAGUGGCCGCCAAGGCCGAGGAGGCGCCGAGAGUGAGCGAGGGCUGCGAGAGCUGCCAGCAUGUUGUCACCUCUCAAUAUGUUAUCAUAUUUGGUACAUAUUUAUACUAAAAAAGUAUUGUUUAUAAGAAAUUCAAAUUUUACUGGUGUCUUGUAUUACAUCUGGCAAUCCUGUCUUCACACCGUUUCAAUAUUGGGAAUAUUGCAUAUAGUUAGGAUUUUGUGUGUGAUACGGCAAGAGUUAUAAACUCAUGGGUGUUCCCAGCCUUAACUCUUUGCCUGCCAUCUAAAGAAGAUUUUGAAUUUGCCAUUUCAGUUAUUCCCUCCCCCUACAGUCUGAAGAGGGUUCUAGGUUGCUAGGUUUCCAUGUUUUGUGGGCGUUGUGAUGCAGAGUCAAAAGAACUGUGAAACAAGAGUAAGUGGAGAGGUAGAGGGCAGAAGAAAAGGGGUCAAGAAGGCAGGACCCCGUGAAGCACACCUUUCCUAAGGAUUUUGACGAAUGAGAAUGAAGAUAAACUGUGAGUUGAAAGUGAAAGAGAAAGCAUAAGGGAUCUUAGGUGCAUCUGACAAGCCUUAGAUGACCUCCAGCAACUUCAGUUCUCACCGAAUUACUGCAUUUCAGCCUUACUGAGAAGCAGCCAGUCAUACUAUCCUCAAAUUUUAACCCAGGAUGAGUUCUCCUACUAAAGAAGGAAGUGAUACAGCUGGACAUGCUCACAAAAAUUCUGAAAAUGAGCCUUCUAAUGACUGUAGUACAGACAUAGAGUCUCCAUCUGCUGAUCCCAAUAUGAUCUAUCAGGUAGAAACCAACCCAAUAAACAGGGAGCCAGGCACAGCAACCUCCCAGGAAGAUGCUGUUCCUCAAGCAGCAGAAAACAGCGAGCUCGAAACAGAGAUCCAAAAAGAUCAACGAGAAGAAGAUCUAAAAGAAGAGCUUCUUCUACUUCAGACCCCCAUUCCCAGAAAAUUGGUCUCUCACAAGCCCUUAAAUGAUAGAUCAAGAUCCCACUCAGGGAAAGUUGAGAUGAAAGCAAACAAUUUCCCCAUAAAUCACAAAACUCGUUUUCGACUUUCAACUUCAUGGAGAGUCCCAUUUAUUAACAGUCAUGAGAUAAGAAGUAUGAUUCUCCAUCUGCUAUGUGAUAGAUAUUUCUCUCAGGCUGCAGGGUGUCAGAAUACCAUGUGGGUAAAGCGAAAAUAUAUAGCAUGUCUUUACCAUCCAAAUAGUUUCACCCAUCACGAGAGAGCCAUAACAUUUAGAAGGCCUUCGAGGGUGCACUACUACCGUCCCCUCACUGAGAGAAUGACAUCAGGAAAAUUUUGCAAAUCAACUGACACUAAAGGGAAAUGUAGAUUCCAUGCUAUUGUGAGGUCUGUGCUCUUUGUGUCACAGAUACAAAUUGAAAGUAUUUUUAAUAUAAAAGGUUUUGUGGAUAUAUUGAGAUAUAUCCAUACCAUGAAUGUUAUGAUCACAAACACCAAUAAUGGUUGGAAAUACUUUUGUCCCAUCUGUGGAAGGCUUUUUAACACUUACUCUGAAUUAAGACAACAUUCAUGCGGCUCUUCUGGGAAUUAAGUUAAAUUGGGGUAAAUUCAUUUUAAAAUAUAACUUCUAAAAUUCAUAAUUUGACUACUAAAGUAAGACAAAAUUGCAUGAACAUAAAUUUUAGUAUUAUUAGAGGGAGUAGCAGAAAGGAACACAAACUAAUAGUACCUCUCAGUAAGAAAUACCUAUGGGGAGUGAGGAAACAUCUGUUUAUACUUUGCUUUUACAAGUACAUCAUUGAAAUAUCAGACCUGUCAUCUAUAUUGAGUCAGCAUUUGAACCAAGUAAAUGUUUUCACUGUCUUAACAUCUAUUUCUGUAGAUGUAAAUAUUGUUAACAUAAAAGAAUCCAAGUUAACAGGAUCCUAAGAUAGCAAACAUAUAUUGGAAGGCCAGACAAAGUUCUACCAAGUGUUUCCAGAGAUUCUGCUACAUGUAUUAUCUGAAAUGUUCUCCAUAUAUUCAAUAAAAACCAAUUUGAAGACAUAGAAAGUUGUAUUGUAUAUUUGUAAUUAGAGAAGAAUUCCUAUGUCUGGAAUAAAAAGAUUCAACAUACUAUAAAAUAUACAAUACUUGGGUAAUUUUGAAGAUACAGAAUAAUAACAAAACUCAUAAAAAAGUAUUUGAUAGAAGUGAAACAGUUUGAAGUAAAAGUGAACAAAUAUUAAAUUGAUAACAUAUAACUGUAAACCUUUUUGCUUGUAUAGCACAUUCACCAUUGUUCACAAUCACUACCCAAAGUUUACCUUCCCCUCCAUACAUACAUGCACAAAUGUGUACACAUAUUUAAGACGUUCCUUAUCUUGUUCUUACAGCUCAAACAUCUAUACUUCUUUUAUUUAAUCUGCAUACUCAUUAAAGUUAGAGUCUAUAACUACACCUCAUAUUUUUUACCAUCUUAUAUUUAAUAUAUAAUGAAUAUAGGAAUAUAAUAUGUAAUAUGUAUGCAGUGCAUGUAUUUUAUAUAAUAUGUAUGUAUUAUAUAAUUUAUACUUUGAGUACCCAUUAUAUGUGAAGCACUAUGCCAGCAUAAUUUUAUGUGUUAGUUAAUCUUUGCAACAAUCUAAAAUUUUUUAAUUUUCAUGGCAUGAUUAAAUGUAUGGAAGCAGUUGC